AUGGCUCUGGAGGAUGGAAUGUCACUUCUUUCCUUUGCUGUGGGUCUUUAUACUCUUCACCGCAGCAGGGGAGCUUGGACGGAGUCGGAGAUUGUUGGAGAGGUUCUGAAGGGUCCCCCCACGAAGCUAGAGGCAGCUAGAGAGUGCUAA